AUGGCAGACCCCGCACCCCACGGCCCGGCAGCGGCCCCAGCGCCGGCCCCGGGCCCUGGCAAAAAGGAGUUGAAGAUCGUGAUCGUGGGGGACGGCGGCUGCGGGAAGACCUCGCUGCUGAUGGUUUACAGCCAGGGGGCCUUCCCGGAGGAAGACUAUGACCGUCUCCGUCCACUGUCGUACCAGAACACUCAUCUUGUCCUCAUUUGCUAUGAUGUCAUGAACCCCACCAGCUACGACAAUGUGCUCAUCAAGUGGUACCCUGAGGUCACUCACUUCUGCCAUGGGACGCCCAUGGUCCUCAUCGGCUGCAAGACUGACUUACGAAAGGACAAGGAGCAACUGCGCAAGCUGCGAGCGGCUGACCUCGAACCCAUCACUUAUGCCCAGGGCGAGAGUGCCUGCCAGCAGAUGAAGGCUGCCCUGUACCUGGAGUGCUCGGCCAAGUUCCGGGAGAACGUGGAGGACGUGUUCCGAGAGGCCACCAAGGUGGCUCUUAGUGCCCUCAAGAAGGCGCAGAGAAAGAAGAAACGACACAUCUGUCUGCUGCUGUGAUGGGCCCCCAGGCCCUGGACAGACCGGGACGUCUCCCCAGGCUCCUACGGAGCUAGGGGCCGGGGGACGAGGGGUGGACACCACCGCUGCUCUGGGAAGGGACCUUAGAUCCCAUCCCCAGGUGACUCCUUCCAUGCACCGAGUCAGGGCAGAGCUGGAGAGAUCCCCAGAGCAGGGCAUGGCAUGACUUCCAUGGAGCACAAGCCUAAAUGCAAUUCCCUGCUGCCUGCUCGGAACCAGUGACCCAGCCAGUCUCAUGGGUUUGACCCAAACGCUGAAAAUGGGGCUUGGAGGCUGCCCAGCAAGCACCCAGGCACCGGGCUAGGUGUUGGGCAUACCAAGAUACUGAAAUGAUCCCUACCCUCGAGGAGCUCCCACUAUCAGGCACUGGGGAGAAAGGAGCCUUUGCCUGGGUUCAAGUGUCCACCUGCCACCCGCUUAGUGACCCACAUGGGCAGAGCUCCUCCAAGGGAGGUGGGGGACGGGUCAGUCAAUCCCUCCAGGCUGAACGCUGCAGGACUGACGUGGGGAGAAGGUGCAAGGGAAGCGGGCCUUGACCCCGGACGAAGGAUAAGGUCCCUCACACGGGAGGGGUAGAUGUCCGAUUCACUGACCGGCAGGAUGGACACUUGCACUUGCUGAGGCCAUCCUGUUCCUGGACAGGUUGGACUAACUGACCUCUGAGGCCCCAAGCCAGUCAGACUGGCACCCCCAAAGCCCCCUUUCUCACACCCUCUUGGACACACUCCGUUUGACAUUAAAAGCCACCACUGGCACAA